AUGUCCUUUGGCCAAACGAACGCACCAGCUGCGUUUAUGGAUUUAAUGAAUCGGGUGUGCCGACCUAUGCUUGAUAAGUAUGUAAUCAUUUUUAUUGACGAUAUACUAAUAUACUCCCGAAGUGAAGCAGAGCAUGCUUCCCACCUACGUGAUGUAUUGGAAACACUUCGCAAGGAAAAGUUAUAUGCAAAGUUCUCAAAGUGUGCCUUUUGGCUUAGAGAGGUACAGUUUUUGGGUCAUAUAAUCGAUGCGGAUGGUGUCCAUGUGGACCCGUCCAAAGUAGAUGCGGUAAUGAAUUGGGUACCCCCGAAGAAUCCAAGGGAAAUAAAAAGUUUUCUAGGCUUGGCUAGGUACUACAGGAGAUUUAUCCAAGAUUUCUCCAAGAUAGCCUCGCCUAUUACGAAGUUAACAAAGAAGAUUGAAAAGUUUAUAUGGGGCGAAGAACAAGAAAAAGCGCUUCAGACUUUAAAGGAAAAGCUCUCAAGGUCCCCAGUGUUGACAUUACCAGAUGGAACGGAUGAUUUGGUGGUGUAUACUGACGCCUCUCACCAAGGUUUAGGUUGCGUGUUAAUGCAAAAGGGUAAAGUCAUUGCUUAUGCUUCAAGACAACUCAAGCAGCAUGAAAACAAUUACCCAACUCAUGAUCUAGAAUUGGCGGCGGUCGUAUUUGCCUUGAAGAUAUGGAGGCACUAUCUAUAUGGGGUGAAAUGUACUAUUUACUCGGAUCAUAAAAGCCUCAAAUAUUUUUUCGAGCAGAAAGAUCUUAACAUGAGGCAACGAAGAUGGUUGGAACUCAUUAAGGAUUACGAUUGUGACAUUCAUUACCAUCCCGGGAAGGCUAAUAUAGUGGCGGACGCUCUAAGUCGAAAGGAGUAUCCGCCUCCGAUUCGGGUGAAAUCGAUGAGGAUGGUGAUUACUUCUAAACUCCUUGAAGAAAUACGGGAAGCUCAACUAAAAUCCUUAAAUACCGAUGACUCAAAGAAGGAACGAACGAAGGGAUUUAUUCACGACUUGAAAGAAAAUGUGAAUGUAAAAGCCGAACACCAAAAGCCAUAUGGAAAGCCGCAACCCUUGGAAAUUCCGGUGUGGAAGUGGGAACAUGUAACGAUGGAUUUGGUGACUAAGCUUCCCAAGACAAGAAAAGGGCACGAUGCAAUAUGGGUGGUCGUUGAUCGACUGACCAAAAGCGCACAUUUCUUACCUAUUCGGGAAACUUAUAAUUCAGAAAAGAUGGCAGAAGUUUAUAUGAACGAGAUUAUAUCCCCACAUGGGGUUCCGGUGUCUAUAGUAUCCGACCGAGACACCCGGUUCACAUCCCGUUACUGGAGGAAGUUUCAUGAAGAAUUGGGAACCCAGUUACAUAUUAGCACCGCCUACCAUCCUCAAACCGAUGGUCAAUCGGAACGAACUAUACAAACAUUAGUUGAUAUGUUAAGGGCGUGUGUCCAGGAUUUUGGGGGAAGCUGGGUUGAUCAUCUACCUUUGGUAGAGUUUUCAUAUAAUAAUAGUUAUCAUAACAGCAUAAAAAUGGCCCCCUACGAAAUGCUCUAUGGAAGGAAAUGUAGGACUCCGGUUUGUUGGAGGGAAGUGGGUCAACGAGAACUCGCGUCAAAAGAAGUAGUAGCCAAGACGAAUGAAAAGAUUGAUAUGGUCUCUCCAUGGAAAGGGAUAAUCCGUUUUCGUAAACGCGGGAAGCUAGGUCCUCGAUACAUCGGGCCAUUCAAAAUACUCGCCCGGGUCGGGGCGGUGGCGUACCAGUUAGAAUUACCACCCACGUUGGAUGGGAUUCAUAACACCUUUCAUGUGUCGCAAUUGCGAAAGUGCCUCGCGGAUGAGACCGCAUAUGUACCUUUGGAUGAUAUUGAAGUGGACGAGAAAUUAAAUUACGUUGAAAAGCCCGUCGCAAUAAAGGAUUUUAAAGUAAAGCAACUCUGCAACAAAUCCGUUCGGCAAGUGUUGGUCCAAUGGCAACAUCGAAAAGGAUCGGAACUCAUGUGGGAAGCGGAGGAUGAAAUGCGAGAACAUUACCCAGAAUUAUUUGGCACGAAGAAGGAAGAAGACGCAAGUCACUCGAAGGCACAAGCAUCUCAAGAUCGCGUUCUGUUUGGGAGAGCUGGCAUGAAGGCAGUGUUUGAAGUUUGUAGGGUGGUGGUGGUGGUGGUGGUUUGGGGAGAUGGGAGCUGGUGGUGGGUUAAAGGUGGAGAUGGAGGUGGAAGAGGUGGUGGUGAUGGUGGGUUGAAGGUAGAGGUGGUGGUGGGUUAG